GGGCCGCCGGGGCCCUGCUCCCGAGAGCGCUGCCGGGAGAUGGUGGCGCUGGAGCGGGCCGAGGAGCGCGCCGCCGAGCCGCUGGAGGAGAAGGGCAGCCUGCGGGAGCUGCUGGAGGACGCGCGGGCCGCCCUGCGGAGCGGCGAUGCGCGGCGCCUGGCGCUGCAGGUGGGACUGCAGAAGAGCCCUGCCGGCCAUAAAGAAGAAGGAUCCUGCUUCACAGGGAGUAAGAGACCAUUAACACAGAAGCACUCCCAGACCAAGUGCCUCCAAAGAGUCCUGAAGGAAAUGGAGCUCGUGCACAGCUCCAGGGAUGGGCAGAUUGGAGAAGCCAUCAGGUUCAGUCAGGAGCUGGAGAAGGAGCUGAAGAGCUCUCAGGAAGCUCUGGUCAGCCUGGAGGAUUGCAACCGUAACCUGAAGAGGGAGCAGGCAGAGAUGAGGAGGAAGGUGGAAGAGGCCAGACACGCUGUCCUGAACAGUCUUGGCAAAGUGAAGGAGCUGGAAGUGAGAGCUAACGAGGUGCCACAUCUGCAAGGAUACAUUCAGCAGCUGGAAUCACAACUGCAGCACUACAGGUCAGCAAUGGAGAGAUCCCAUUUCACAGGCAGGGAGCCCGUGGAGGGCCAGGAGGACGAGCCGUGCCCCAAGGACAUCCCAGCCAAGCCCCCUUGCUGUGCCAGUGGAUGUGAUGAGAAGAGGUGGAGGAAGCUCCUGUCCCACCUGGAGACCUGCAGCACCAAGGGGAAGGACCCUGGGGAGCCCUUGGGGAGAAUCUCCCCCCUCACAGAGCAGCCACAACUCAAGGGCCACCAAGAGAAAAAACUGGAAACAAACGUGGAAGAGGGGAAAGGCUCCUUGCUCGAGGAGCUGCAGCAGAAGGUGGAGGAGACAGAAAUGCUGAGGAUGGAGCUGCAGAUGGUGGAGACAGAGAGGGUUCGGCUGUCCCUGGUGGAAGAGAAGCUCAUGGAUGUUCUGCAGCUUCUCCAGAAACUCCGAGACUUGAACAUAUCUAAGCGAGCCUUGGGGAAGAUCCUGCUGAGCACUUUGGAAUCCUGCCGUGACCCCCAGCCUGGCCAAGCCCAGCUGUCUGAAGUGCUGGACACCCUUCAGCAGGAGCUGACAGCCUGUGAACUGUUGCACAAGGAGCCCGUGGAGCAGGCAGAGAGCCCACAGUCCCUGUCCAACCCCCUGGUGAUCUCCUGCUGAGCACAGCCAGCCCCAGCACAGCUGCAAGGAGGAGGGAAGGACAUUUGUCCAGCUCAGCCACACCUGGACUGACCAGGAGUGAGGAUAAGGCAAGAGCACCAGCCCUGGGCUGAGCACAGCCCUGCCUCCCUGGAGUGCAGAGCCCAGCCCUGGGGUGCCCCUGGGACUGGGCUGGCACCAAACUGCCCACCACUCACCUGACCCACAUGGAUUUACAGCUCUGCAGAGCUGGGACUGGACUGGAACAAACCAAAGUGUGCCCACCUGGCCCACAAAGAUUCACAGCUCUGGGUGUGCAGGGGCUGGACUGGAACAAACCAAACUGUGCCCACCACUCACCUGACCCAGACAGUUCACAGCUCUGGUAAACUGGGACUGGACUGGAACCAAACCAAACUGUGCCCACCACUCACCUGACCCACACAGUUCACAGCUCUGGUAAACUGGGACUGGACUGGCACCAAACUGUGCCCACCACUCACCUGACCCACACAGUUCACACUCUGGUAAACUGGGGCUGGACUGGAACAAACCAAACUGUGCCCACCACUCACCUGACCCACACAGUUCACAGCUCUGGUAAACUGGGACUGGACUGGCACCAAACUGUGCCCACCACUCACCUGACCCACACAGUUCACAGCUCUGGUAAACUGGGACUGGACUGGAACCAAACCAGACUGUGCCCACCACUCUCACCUGGCUCACACACAUUCACAGCUCUGGGCAUGCAGGGGCUGGGCACAGUUUGCAGCCUUUGUGGAAAGCCAAAGCCAAGGCAGCCUGUGUCAUCCCUGGAUUUAUUGUCCCUUACUCUACAAGUGACAAACAGUGCUAACACAUCCAGGAGUGACAAACAGUGAUAAACACAUCCAGGAGUGUGUGCCAGCAGUGCAGGUUUUGAGGGCUCUGUGUUUCUCACUCAUUUAUUCACCUUAUUUAACUCUGAAGCUAGAUUAUUGUAUUGCUCUGCUGAAUUUUAUAUUUGCAAUUACAGAGAUGCCUUAGGAACAUGCAGCAGCCUUUCCUGACAACAGUCAGAGUUUACAUAAAAAGUUAAAUUUAAAUGCUUGAAGAUGGUCCAAAGCAAUCUUGUUCCCAGGCUCUCAGGGAAAGGAAGGGCUGAAAAAUUGACUUUGCUGUCGUUCAUGCAGUGCACCAGUGACUUCUCAAGUUUAAUUUCCCUCAGUGCAGCUGCUGAGACACAAAAUUAGGCCCCACAUGCAGGCCAAUUAAUGUAAAGAGCUGGGCCUAAUCAUGGUGCCAUGGAAUGUUUUAAUCAGCAAUAAAAUAAUUCCUGGGGUAAAAGUAAAAAAAAAAAAAAAAUAGGUUUCUUCCAAGGUGCUUUUGCUGUGUCACUCACCUGCCAAACAGAGGCAGAAUUCCUAAAAGAGCCAGCUGAAUAUAUGUUACUGAAAAAAUCACUGUGGGUCUUAUAAGAAUGUGAAAUGAUUUGCCUGAGAUAAUGCCAGAGAUGAAAUAGGAUCAUUCAACUGUACAUGUAUGAAUUUUUUCCCCAGAAAAAUGGUUUUCAUUCAGGAAUGAUGUCCACAGUGCAAGGUGGUGAUUAAGAUUUCCAUUGCUUUCCAUUCAGAACACACUGUGUAGCUCACACACAAAAAAAAAAAACUCCAUUAAAAAUUGUGGCACCUUUGAGCCACAUGGGAACAAAAAUUUAUAUUAUUUUAA